AUGGAAGGGUCGAUUCUUCGAGUGCUAGAGGUUUGGAUCGAAGGUGCCUUCGAGGGGUUGACGAUCCGCGGCACUAUCUCACAAGACGAGCGUGCAGAACGUCAGCGCAGCGUGGAGAAACUUACCGCCCUUCUCACGGCGCUGGUGGGCAACCCGGAGUUCGUGUCGAGGCUGUCGGCUGGGGACACAUCAGGCGUGCUGCAGCUCUGGGGAAGACUGAUUGACAAGGCGCUAUUUGUCCCGACGGACCACCGUUCUCCGCCGAUGUCCCCCGUCGCGGACUUGAAGAUAACGCCGCAACGCGUACCUUCGCUCCAUAGGCGACAUCACUCGUCGACGUCGAUUCCGCAGUUGCUUCUGCUCAAGCACCCUGCGGACCUCGCCGUGGAUGCGUACUUGACGUACCUCUCCACAAGGCUAAGGGCGCUAGCCCCAAGCCACCUGCAGAUGAUUUUGCCGCUACUCUUUCGCGCGCUGGCCUUCUAUGCAACGCCGCUGCCGCGCAUCUCGCUCACGCCUCUUCCGCGUUCGAGCUCGCCGCAUGAUCGCACCCUCGAAGAGCGGGUUGUGAGCAUGCUUGAGGAGCUCAUUUCAGGCCCGUUUUCCUCGUCUUGCAUGCUGCUGGUCAAGCAUUUUCUCAUCCCCUCCCACCCGGACCUGCGGACGUCGAUCCAGAUAUCCGUAGGUGCGCUCAAAACGCUGCGUAGUUCGAUACGCCGUGUUUUCAUGAGCCGCCUCGCCCGUGCCUACAUCGCCCGUACCUCUUCCAUGCAAUACACGCCGGCGGGCGUCCCUUCGCAAGUUGAUCUGGAGAGAGGCUUGAUGGAACUUGCUUGGGCCAAGGAUGAAGCAGUUUCUUGGGACCUCAUCCGGGUCCGGAGUGUGCUCUGCCGUGCCACUCGAGCAUGGAUUGAGAAAGACCACGAGGCAGAUAUCGUCGGCGCACCCAAGGAGAUGGUUCUGUAUGAGAUUGCUAGCAUCUUGAAGGACACAGUGCAGGCGCUUGACGAGAGAGGAGAAGGCGAGGAGGUGGAUGACGAGGAAGUCAGCGCUGUAGGGGACAUACUGCAGGAGCUUGUCGGUUAUGUCCGUUCAUUGAAAACUAGGGAGGGUGGGAUCAUUCCCAUCUCGCUUUCGCAGACAGAUGAAUCUUCGCCAUUCCUGAAUGCGCUCUCGACUCUCUUAGCUCAAGAUCUCAUGACGACUCCUCUCUAUCCUGUUCUUCCUUCCAUUAUCCUUUCUGUGUCUGGCCAUCUCCCCGAUGCAGAGACCUCGCAGUUACUGGUUGUAAUGUCUGAGCGUCAGUGUCUCUCGCCGACAUCCCCGUCAUGGCUGGAUUAUUGGGGAAGCGUGUUGGCCAUCCCAGAUCUGUACAGUCCUUCUCGACCGACGACACGCCAGAUGGCUAUGGACGUUUUGCAAUCAGUGUGGGAAUUCGUGAAGGAUAUUCCCGUAUAUCGCAGACCACUGGCGAGCCUUGUGUUCAACUUCUGGAGGCAACAAAUGUCGGACGAAAUGGAUGAUGUCACGGUGUCGAUAAUGUGGCGCAUUCUUGGCGAUGAAGUUGUUCUGCGCAACGCUGAGUACUAUGGACAGGACGCGACGGCCUCUAGCGAUAGUGAUCUACAACUCGCCGAAGAGAUCCUCACUUUCUUGACUGACGUCGCCUCGGAGAAGCAUGAAGAUGAUGAAGACGCAACAUCUAUCAGAACGACGGAGACGCAGUCACCAUCCCCUCAUGGACAGGCGCAAUUCUCUCCCGGUGCAUCCGCGGUUACCUCUCCUACUGUGUCCAGGAUGCAGUCGGACGUUCAGGCCCCUGCAAGAGACAAAGAAGCAUCAAUGCCUUCCGUAAUGUCCCUGUUUACGUCCCUCACUUCGGGUCACUCGUCGCGCUCGCAGUCACGACCACGACCAUCUCAGGAUCGAACACCUAUGAUGGAAUCUCCAUCACCGGUUUCUGAGGUCCAGCCGAUGCCGAAGGCGGUGGGCGCGGUCGCUGCACUCGUAUCUGUGUUCAGCCAGCUUGCCUUCACUCCGCUAGUCCUUGUUGAGGGCAAUGCAGAACUCGGCGUGCGUGUAUUCAGGACCCUCGUCGAUCUGAUCUCCACAGCGAACUGCGUGAGGGCGAGAUUGGCUGUACUGCAGUUUCUCGUGCGACUGAGGGUAGACCGUGAUCACAGGCUGUACUUUACCUCCGCAGAUUACGACAAGCAUGGACAUGUGUCUCAUCUGGCCAGCUUGAUCAAUCGAACUCCAAACGCUGCAGGCUCUGCUGACGAGGUCAGUCCUGACCAAGACUUUCGCAGGGCACGCCCUCGUGUGCCGCAGGAGCGAGAUGGGCGGAGGGUGUCAAGAGGCAGGGGAGGGCCGCCUUCCAAGAUCGAGCCAAGCAGGAGUCGUUCCAGGGUGGCUACUCGAUUACUUUCCACACCUCUACCUGUCCAGCAGCCGAAAGCAAGGGCACCGAUGUGGUCUAUCCCGGAGACGUUGAUGAUUUCUGUCACAGAUGUUGACACCCCCAGCGAAGGCCUUAUAUCCUACGAUCCCGCAGGCCCUGGGAAUAGAAAGGUGCUGCCUCUGUCGUCGUAUCUGCUCAAGAUCAUUGAAAUUAUCAAGACGGAGAAGGAAUGGGAGAUCCUUUCUUACAUCCUUUGCCACCUCUCUGCACAGCUGGCCAACAAACACUUGGUUUGCGGACCGAAAUCACGCGCUGUCAUCGCGCAACUGCUCUCUGUGUUGUGCACAGCAAUUUCGGAGGGUAAGUUGGCCGCGACUAUCGAGCGGUGGCCUGAGGGUAUUAUCCCGCGGGAUGCUCACGGAUUGGCAUACCAUACGUUAACAGUGCUCAUCAGCUAUAAGCGGUGUUUCAUGGAUGUCCAACUUCAACAUCAUCUUGUUGAAGUCUUCCUUUUAGGUCUGAGCGGGCAACCAUCCACCAUCAAGUGCUGUCUCCAUGCCCUGUCGUUGUCUGCUUUCGAGCUGCAACCUUCGAUGACGAAGUACCUGUCUCGGAUAUUGGAGAAACUUUCUCAGAUCAUGUCGAAUCCAGCCAUGGCAGUCCAUAUCAUCGACUUCUUGUCCAUCGUUGGCUCACUUCACAGUCUUCACGCGAAUUUUACCGACGGAGACUACAAGAUGGUCUUCGGUGUUGCUCUGCAGUAUCUGCAACAUCACAAUCGUCCUGAUGAGACUUUAUCAAUAUCGUGGGCACUCUCCCAGCACGUGCGCAUCAUGUCGUACUACAUCGUUUACCUCUGGUUCCUGGCUGUCAAACUUCCAGACAGACCUCGCCACAUCAAGUUCAUCACUCGGCAACUCUUACUUGCGAACGAGGGUAAAAACGAGGUAGACGAACCGGCGGAAGUAUGCUUCGACUGGCUUGCACGUUACGCCUAUGCAAGCGCCGAUCCGCGCCCUGCUCACUCGAUGCUGGAUGAGGUCGUCAUGAAUCCGAUUGUACCCAAGGGAUCGCCGGAACCUGCGCUUUGCGAGAAGACAUGGAUACUGGGCAAUUCAGUGGUGACUAUACGUGCGCUGGCAAGGCGCGGCUGGAUGGAGGUACUUUCUCGACGAGCAUCGGGCUUGACGAAGUUUCUCUGCAGAGCAGAAAACGUCCCCAUGAUUCUGCCUGGUGAUGUUGAUCCGGAUUUCGUAUCCAUAUCUGCUAGCUUGUCAAUGGAGCGUGGACUCGGUGAACAGGGACCGGAAGGCACCAAUCCGCAGACCGUUUGUUCUGAUGCCAUAACUGAUACGGAUAGGACUGUUCGUCGUCCUGACCCAAUCACAGGCUACGUGUGGAGCGGCUCAGCUCCUUCCCAACGGCGCAAAGAGGUUUCAAUCGAUCCAGCGUACGUUGCGCUGCAAAUAUCGUCAUAUCCGGACAACGGACCAACAACUAGAGGGCGUUUGGUUACCGACACGAGCAGAAUGGCCGCUUUCUUCCGGACGUUGGACAGAAUGCCCGUCAUUGAUACCCACAAGGUUGGGAUCAUGUAUGUGGCUCCUGGACAGACAAAAGAGGGCGAAAUUCUUCGUAAUACUCACGGAUCUCCUGCGUAUGGCCGCUUCCUGGAGGGUCUUGCCAGGCUCAUUGAUCUACGUGGCCAGGUCGAUGUGUAUGCUGGAGGUCUGGAUCCGGCUGAGGACGGUGAAUACGCGUACGCAUGGUGGGACGACAUUGGGCAAAUCCUCUACCACACAGCUACCCUCAUGCCAUCAUCCGUCGAUGAAAGCUGCACGAACAAGAAGCGCCAUAUUGGCAACGACUACGUCCGGAUCGUCUGGAAUGAUUCGGGCAUGCCGUACCGAUUCGACACUCUGUCCACACAGUUCCAGUUCGUGAACAUCGUCAUCGAGCCUCAUUCACGAGGGGCCAUUGCAGCAUUCUCAAACAAUUUUCAUGAGAACGAAUACUUCCAAGUUGUUGUGCAACGUGCUCCCGGCAUGACCGAGUUCACCCCCAUCGGCGACUUCAAAUUGAUAUCUGCGGAGAACCUUCCUCUGCUAGUCCGCCAACUCAGUCUCCUGGCUGAUUGGUUUGUUUCUGUGUUUCAGCAUACAAAGAACGACACUGUACGCGAAGAAAUGACCACGAACUGGCGUUCGCGCCUCCAGGCGAUAAAACGCUUCCGAGCGCAGAUGUCGGCUUCCGAUAAACCGGAGCCAGCUGCAGCUGGCGACGGCGUUAUGGGACAGGAAAUUUACCGAGAUUUUACGACAGCAUACUAG